ACCUUGCCCACGUCGAAGGCGAGCACCCUGGUCCUCAUCUCGAUCGGGCCCGACGCCAUCACCCUCUGCAAUGUCCCCAGUGGCCUCUCUGGGGUUCCCUACGGCUGCCUCUCCUAUCAGAGCACGGAAAUCUCCCCAUUGGGGCUGUGGAAGACCUUCUACGUGAAGGUGUCGGGGACCCAGGUGAUCAUUUGCUGCCAGUGGUGGCGGAACAAAGAUGCCUGGUUGGACUACAUCAGCUGGUACUCGACGCUGGGAGUGGUCACCGACUACGGGCUCUUCGAGGGGUCGGACGCGGACGCGCGCGUCCGGCCGGGCAGCCAGCAAUGGACUGCGACGUGUCCCCCGGAUUUCCAGUGGAUCCCAGAAGCAGGGAACUGCUACCUCGCCUCACCGGGCCUCGUAUUCCAAACGUGGACCGAGGCUGCCCUCUACUGCAUGCAACGAUCGUCCACCCUCGUCUCCCUGAACGACACGACCCCUCAAGUGGACAUGGCCCGAGUCCUUUCCCUCGCAGGAGUGGGGACUCCGCUGGCGUUGGGAGGCUGGACGAUUCCGACCGGCAAUUGGUCCUGGUUCGACGGCUCUCCCCUCGACCCCAAUGCCUGGGGGAUCGCGGGGAUUCCGCCGAGCCGAUCGUGCCUGGUGUUGGUGUAUGACUUCGAGAUGCUCCGAGUCGGCUCCGUCGACCACGACUUUGAUGUCGGAUCCGAUGACGACGACUUCGACUAUAAAUUUGACAACGACUGCGACGACAGAUUCUACAACGACUGCGACGACGGAUUCCACAACGACUGCGACGACGGACUCUACAACGACUGCGGCGACGGAUACGACGACCAACCCCGGAAUCGGACCCAUGGCCGCUCUCUGUCAGGGGAUAAUUGGGGAGACGGGAGGAGGGGAGGACGGGACAGAGUACUUUAUAGUUUGGGUCACGGCGCGGACGUCGACUGUUCUCGCGUGACUUCGUCGCAUCACACGAUUAAGCUUUCUCGAAACCUGUCCACGAAGGAAGUAGGAGGAGAGACCGAAGCCGCUACCCUUCUUGCACGUCAGAGGAAAUCUUUAGAGGUCCCCGGUCCCCUCCUCACCCAUUCCAUCCGCAUUCCUUGGAGCGGUGCUUUGGGAAAGGUCCGGUACGUGACGAAUGCACGAUGA